GUGUAUCAACGCUUUGAAAGGCAGCAUUAGCGGCGAUUUCACACUUUGUUUAAAUGUGUAAACUCGGUUGUAGCCACUCUCCUUAAUGUCGACGGUUACGGUUGGGUUUGCAGACAGGCGUAAUGGCAGCGGGACUCACUAUUUCGACUACGCAGUCGCACAGAGGAUGUUUGCGUGUUUGUCCCACAUGUUGAAAAACUACAUUAACCGUCAGCCCGUGUUUAUCGUGUGAAGUCACGGGGUAGUAUAGGUUACAUAGCGUCGUUCCGCUGACAGAGUAGGUGGGACACUGGUAGCUUCUAUUGUGUGGUGUUUGAGAAGCGCAGGGUGAUGUAUAGAAAUGGCUCGUACUUGAAUGCCCGGACCGAGGGUCGUGUGUGAUGGGAACUGCACUCAAUAACCGCUGAAAGUGUGGUGUCAGCGUUUGCUCAGCAAGAUCACCAAGAUGCGCAUGACUUUUGGAACAUCGAGCAGUGUGACGCUGCUGUUUGACUUCUGGGAUGUGCACAGCCCUGCAGGGAUGGUGCUGUCAGUGUUGGUGGUCUUGCUCCUGACUGUCUUUUAUGAGAUGCUCAAAGUAUGGAGAGUGUGGCUGGGGAAUAGCUCCAAGCUGGCCCAGCCUCAGUCUCCAUACGCCGCCCCACCUUCCUCCCGCUGCGACAGCAUCUCUGUCCUGGACAGCAGCCCCUCUGAAUCCUCACUGACCCCUAUAGUAUCACAUCCUCCAGCUCCAAGUACCAGGAGCAGCUGGUUGCUGCAUGUCAUCCAGACGGUCCUCCACGUGCUGCAGGUGUCUCUGGCCUACAUGCUGAUGUUGUGCGUCAUGUCCUACAACACCUGGAUUUUUCUCGGGGUCAUCGUGGGGUCUGUCCUCGGUUAUUUUGUCUCAUUUCCUCUCCUGGAUCGGAUGUGACGGUACGGAUAUUUAAUAUGGUGUAAUGAAGACAAAGGACAGAUUUUUUUUUCCCCCCACCACCUGAGGAGCUCACACUCUGGAUAAUUAAUGAAAAACUAAUGGCUACAUGACACUAAGCUUUGCCUAAAUCUCAUCUGGAUACGAAAACUGAAAAUGUUUUAAGUUUCCAGAAAACGCUACAUUUUAUCAUUUGUACCUAAUUAAUAACUCUUUUGUGUUAAAGUUACACAAUGUUCAGAAAAUGCUCGAUUUUUCAGUCUCUGAGGAUUAGUUUUACUUCGCUUUUAAAAUCAACAGACUGCGUGACUAACACUGGUGGAAAAAUACUUUUUAAUCUCCAAGGGAAGCAGUCCUGUUCAGUUCCCUUUUUUUUUUUUAAAUUAUCUUGAAAAUGUACACAGUUGAUUUAAAACGAUGAAAAGCAUUGGAAUCGCCCGCAGCAGGGUACCACAAAACCCAGAGACAGGAAGCCUUCACAGCUUUCCUGUACAAGUUUGAUAGGCGUUUAUUGAUACUGCAUAAUUUGUUGUUUGCUAUGUGAAAUGAAUAACAUGUGUAAGGAACUUGAUGUUUAAUCGAGUGCUCUGGAGUGAAAUCUUUAAACAGAGUUGCAGCCGGAGCAGACAUUUACAGUCACAGGUCAGGAGGCGGUACUGCACUGCGCUGCGCUCAAUAUGAGGAACUGAUUCAUGUGAUUCUGGCUUAUGAACCCAUCUGAAAGAUCAUCUUGGUUUGCGAUGAUUCACGGUCAUGUGGUUCUGUGGUAAUCCACCACAAAUCAGACAAAACAAAGUGCCUUGCAGCUGACAGUUAAAUGUUUCAGGUGUGCUGAUCUUUUGGGACUGUUUUUAAACCUGAUUCUGACACUAAAAACUUCUUUUUUUGUCUUUGAAUAAAAAUCUCUAAAGACUUGUUUAGAAAAAAAAAAAGAGAAUGAAGCUGAUGAAGUGUUUUUAUUCAGACAUUUUGAUACAUGUUUCAAGAAAAGGUAAAAAGUCCUACAAAUACAAACAGAAGAAAGCCGUUUACACCUGAAUGUUAGAAUCCACACAGGCUUUAUAAUAAAUAAAACAAGGGAAGGUAGGCCUCAGCUGCGACUCCGGGUCCUGAUUAAUGUGCCGUGGAUGCGUUGGCAAUAGUUACAUUAACAAUUACAACUCAACAUUUAAUAUUAAAAUACAGCCUGGGCUUUUAACUACACUACUAAAGUGGACAUAUUCCCAGAAAGGACUGCAAGUUUAUACUCUGCAUUGUAAAAAUAAGGAGUUAAAUUCUAUGCAUGUGCUUUAUUUACUUGGAGUUUCAUCCUGUUUUCUUGUCUAACCAUAAUUA